AUGGCCUUCGCUCAGAACCUCGGACGGUUUGUCGUCCCCCUCGCGCUCGGCGCGGCCGUCAUUGACUCGGCCAUGUACGACGUCCCCGGUGGAUACCGUGCCGUCAUGUUCGACCGUUUCAAGGGUGUUCUUCCCAACUCUGUCGGUGAGGGAACGCACCUGCUCGUGCCCUGGAUGCAGCGCGCGAUUCUGUACGACAUCCGCAUCAAGCCGCGCAACAUCUCGACAACGACGGGAUCCAAGGACAUGCAGAUGGUCUCGAUCACGCUCCGUGUCAUGUCCAGGCCGAACAUUAACAAGCUCCCGCAGAUCUACCAGAAUCUCGGACAGGAUUACGACGAGCGUGUCCUUCCCUCGAUCGGCAACGAGGUCCUGAAGGCUAUUGUGGCCCAGUUCGACGCGUCCGAGCUCAUCACGAACCGUGAGAUCGUCUCGGCGCGUAUCCGCGACGACCUCCUGAACCGUGCCAAGGACUUCGGUAUUGAGCUCGAGGAUGUUUCUAUUGAGUUCACGUCGGCCGUCGAGCAGAAGCAGAUCGCGCAGCAGGACGCCGAGCGUGCCAAGUUCGUCGUCGAGAAGGCCGAGCAGGAGCGCCAGGCCGCCGUCAUCCGCGCCGAGGGAGAGGCUGAGGCUGCCGCCGUCAUCUCCGCCGCCCUCAACAAGGCCGGAGACGCUUUCGUCCAGUUCCGCAAGAUCGAGACGGCACGGGAUGUCGCUCGCACAUUAGCUUCCACAAUGGAGGUUCGAUCAGCUAACAUGCCAGCCAACACGCUCGCCCAGUCGCGCAACGUCUCGGAGGCGUCUCGCCUCGAGUGCCCCAUGUGCAAGAAAACAGUUUUUUCUGUGACCAAGACUGCUUCAAGAAGAACUGUCCAGCACAAGCUCGUGCACAACAUUGUGCAGAUGGCGGUCGAGAAGAACGAGGAGGCCGACGCCACGAUCCCGCCCCAGAUGCGCGACUACAAGUUCACUGGUCCGCUGCGACCCGUCUACCCCCUGUCCGAGAAGCGCGAGGGCUUCUCCGCCGCCGAGGCUGUGCGCGAGCGCGGCGUCAAGGUGUGCAACGCCGAGGAGAUUGAGGGCAUGCGUAAGGUGUGCAAGCUCUCGCGCGAGGUGCUCGACUACACUGCGUCGUUCAUCCGCCCCGGCAUCACGACGGACGAGCUCGAUGCGAUCUGCCACCAGGCCUGUGUUGACCGCGGAGCGUACCCCUCGCCGCUGAACUAUGCCAAGUUCCCCAAGUCGGUGUGCACGAGUGUGAACGAGGUCAUCUGCCACGGUAUCCCCGACAAGCGGCCGCUGGAGGAGGGCGACAUCAUCAACCUGGAUGUGUCGCUGUUCUACGGCGGCUUCCACGGCGACCUGAACGCGACGUACCCCGUGGGCAAGUGCGACGAGAAGUCGCUCGACCUGAUCAAGACGACAAAGGAGGCGAUGGACGAGGCCAUCAAGAUCUGCAAGCCCGGCGUGCCCUACCGCGAGAUCGGCAACAAGAUCGAGUCCAUCGUCAAGCCCAAGGGCUACAGCAUCGUGCGCCGGUAUACGGGCCACGGCAUUCACCACCUGUUCCACUGCGCGCCGACAAUCGUGCACUACGCGAACAGCAAGACGCCCGGCCGCAUGGAGCCGGGCAACAUCUUCACGAUCGAGCCCAUGAUCAACAUGGGCACGGCCAACCUCGACCAUUGGCGCGACGACUGGACCGCCGUCACGCUCGACGGCAAGCGCAGCGCCCAGUUUGAGGAGACCAUUCUCAUCACCGAGACCGGAUACGAGAUCCUCACCCGGACGAGCGCGAGCAAGAAGAAGAAGAACAAGAAGAAGAACAAGAAGAAGAACGCCGCUAACGGCGCCGCGGCUGCCAACGGGGCCGCCGAGGCCGAGGAGGAGGAAGAGGACGACGACGCCACCCCCGAUGCUGGCACACCCGCCGCCACUGAUUAG